UGGCUAGACUAUAUAUAAACCCGUCGAGAUCAUCUCCUCCCGAAGACUUCUUAUAGUUUGCAAAACUUCACAAACUACGCGCAAACACAACUUUAGCUCUUCCUUUCCGCUCAUUUGGUAGGGCUGCACGAGAAAGAUCCAAUUGCGACGCGAAGGAUAUCUAUAGCAAGAGCAAACAUGCAGCUUGCACACUUUCUUGCGUUCAUCUUGCUGUUCGUGCAUUAUGGAGCAAAUGCACUGACAGCCACCGUCACCGCUGCGCCCUCCUCCGCUUUGCGCGCGGCCAAUUUCAGCAACAUACACGCCGGGACGGACGGCGGCUCUUCUAAAAGCAGGAGGAAGCGUUACAUUAGUCAGACCGAUAUGGUGGCUAUUCUUGAUUACCAUAACAAAGUGAGGGGCAAUGUGUUCCCCCCGGCGUCGAACAUGGAAUACAUGGUGUGGGAUGAUACUUUGGCCAAGUCAGCUGAGAGCUGGGCCCACGCCUGCAUGUGGGAGCACGGCCCGUCUCAUCUCCUUAGGUUUCUGGGUCAGAACCUCUCCGUCAGGACGGGACGGUAUCGCUCCAUUCUUCAGCUGGUGAAGCCGUGGUACGACGAGGUCAAAGAUUAUUCCUUUCCUUACCCCCGCGACUGCACCCCCCGCUGCCCCCUCAGAUGCUACGGCCCCAUGUGCACCCAUUAUACCCAGAUGGUUUGGGCCACAUCCAACAAAGUGGGCUGUGCCGUUCACACGUGCCACAAUAUGAACGUUUGGGGUUCCGUGUGGAAACGGGCGACGUAUUUAGUCUGCAACUACUCACCAAAGGGCAACUGGAUUGGAGAGGCUCCCUACAAAGUCGGGGUCCCCUGCUCCGCCUGCCCCCCCAGCUACGGCGGUUCGUGCAGCAACAACAUGUGUUUCCCUGCUCUGAAGACAAACUACCUGCACUGGUUCAAAUAAACAAGGCCAGCCACACUACCACAGAGACACCAUUCUCAUCGAAAGGUGGAAAGAUUUGCACAUGGACCAGUCUAUUUUGUAUAUAUGGCGUAUUUAAAGACACAGACGCAAUUGAAGGCAGCAGACAAUUUUAACGAUGUGUACAUGAACUGUAAAUUAAUUUCGCUUUACAAGACUUUUUUUUUUUGGUACCUGCCUGGAUUUAUUUUUUGUCAUUUAUAUGGAGAUGGGUCCUUAAAACACACAUUCACAUGCGGUGCUAUGUACUUUUGAACAAUGUAGCAUUCAAGGCCCCUACAUGACGAUAACUGCUCAUGUGCGCUCGCUAUGUUGCUGCUAUAAGGGCAUCACACCUUCGUGUUGUGUGCUCUUGUUUUUGUCGGAAUGUUGGGAUGUAACUUCAAAGGCCAGCGUGGCAACACCACCCGUGUCCUCGUCGGGCGUCUAUUUUGGGCCGGUGAGGAAUUGGUAAAAGUGCACUUACAAGUUCAAAUGUAUCUCCCAGUUAAGGAAUUUCCAGAUUACUUUUCACUCUAAUGUUUAGAAACGAUGUUUCUAAAGCACAACAUAUCAGACCCUUUAUCGGUUUGAUAAUGUGUUGUAUUGUAUAUUGGAAUAUUUAAUAUCCAUUUUGUUUCGAUAUUGGAAAGAUCCACUGUUGUCUUUGUGAAGCAGUUUUGGAGCAAAACACUAAAGUGCACCUUCAUUGUUUGUAAAUGUCCAAAAUAUCCAAUUUUUUUUUUUUAGUUUGUGUACAUAAUCAUGUUAUCUUGAUUAUCUUUAAAAUACAAUUAAUGUGUAAGUUAUUCAUUUUUAUAUUUACUUUUAAAUGGUAUUCAUUUUUUUGUAUUGUUUUAUGAAAGGAUUGUACUUAUAGCGAGAGAAGUAACAGUAUGCAGUUCGUUAGCUAUGAAGCACUAGUACAAUAUUUCUUUUCAAAUGUAAAGAACACAUUUAACUGAUCAAGUCAAAAACAAGGGGGUAUUGCUGUAACUAUAACAAAACAGGAAACAUUCCGCACUGACUCCAGGCUCUUUAUGUAAUGAACUGCUCUCUUGCUUUGAAAUUGUUAAUAAAAUGGUUUAAAAAUUG